AUGACGAUUUACUACGCCAUUUAAGAAAAAGCAACAUUCGUCGGAAAAGCAAGUGUUGAAUAGCAAAUGUUCAUCGUUUAUGAUUCGUUCACUCAUAUCUUCACAAAAUUGUAAUCGCCGAUCAAAACCGUCUUCAUUAAGUUCUUGUACCAGGUGA